AAAGAAGAAGAAUCGUCUCUCAGGGCUCCAAACGGAAUGGAUGAAAAACGACAAAACAACGAAAUAAACUCACUAUUUACGAAUAAAAUACAUUUUAAAAACGGAAUAGAAACGUUAUAACAUGCUCGGUUAAAACUUCGGACAUCUUUGAGCCUCGAAUAAAAGACUUUUUGUUUUUACGGAGAACUUUAAACCUAAAACAGUGAAACCUGCUAACCUAGCUGAAUGUGGUAAAUAAAGUAAAGAUGGAUGGAUAUCCUGGAGUGAUCAGCAGCGAUUCAACUAAACAACAAGAACGACAUUAUUACCUGCUGUCUGAGCUGCAAACAUUAGUCAAAGACUUACCGAGGUAAAUCCACUUUUGUCUGUAUUCAGGUCUGUUUGUAUCUGUUUUUUAGAGUUAUAAAUCCACUUUUGUCUCUUCAGCUCCUUCCAGCAGCGCCUGUCCUACAACACUCUGAGUGACCUGGCUCUGGCUCUGAUUGAUGGGACUGUCUAUGAGAUCGUUCAGGGGCUCCUGGAUAUUCAACACCUGACAGAGAAAAACCUCUACAACCAGAGACAGAAGCUGCACUGUGAACACCAAGGUUAGUGAGCCGAGAUUCACAGAGAAAAUAAGGAGUAAAUUAAGAGGAAACAGGGGGGAAACAGACGGGAAACAGAGAGGAAACAGGGGGGAAACAAUGAAGCAGAUCUGCUCAAAUCAAAAACUGCACCAAGUACCAACCCUGCCUCUCUGAACGGACUGUUAGUUAAAUAUCAGUGUCCUGAUGUUUGACUGUUAUUCCGUUUGUGUUCAGCGCUCAAACAAGAUCUCCUGAAGAAGCAUAAAGAAGCUCUGCAGUCCUGCAAGUCUCACAAUCUCGCACUUCUCAAAUCAAACCAACAAACGGAGUUAGAGGUAAGGCUUUGUACUAAUUAAUUAUUAUUGAAUUCGUCCAACCAAUCAAAUGUUUUGAGCUUGUAUCACUUUAAAAAGACUUUUCCUACCCUCUCCUUUCUCAGUGUUGAUUCUUUGAUAUCUGUGUGUCUUUUAAGGCUCUGGAGGUCCGUGUGCGUGACGAACAAAGAAUGAUGGAUCGGAAGAUUGUGGCGGAAAUGGAUCAGAAAGUGAUCGAUCAGCAGAACACUCUGGAAAAAGCAGGAGUUCCUGGAUUUUACAUCACCACGAACCCUCAGGUUAAAGUCUGCACAUUUCUUCUCUCUGUUGCUGAACCGUACGCUGAGCCGUGUCAUGUCUGGGUGUGCAGAACAGAAAGUUCACAGGGUCAAACAUGCAAAUUUAACAUGUUUUCAAAAUGAAGUUCGGGGUAAAGUUUAAAGGAUUUUUUUUCUGUAGUCCUUUUAAAAUGUUAAAACUUUGAUCCAUACAUGUUGUUUUCUGGUUUCUGGAUAUGAGAGUUGUUUCUCUCAACAUUUGAUGGUUUUACCUUUUGAAACUGCAUCAGCAUUUUCACACACAGAUGUGCACCUCCAGGACAAUCAUUGGAUCAAACCAUCAGUGCAGGAAAUUGCUCUUAUUUACAUUUGCUAGUUUAACACUGAUGCAGCUUCAAACAUCAAUUUGUAUUUCCUCAAAUAAAUUUAUGCGAACCUCAAGGAAACAACACAAGCAACUUGAAAUCUGCAGGUUAUCUGAUUGGCUAAAAUUGUUAUCUAAAUGUUUUAUAACAGAUUGUAAAGAAUAUCCCUCAGAUGAUUGGUGAAGCAUUUAUUUAGUGUGAAGAAAACUGGAUUUUAAAAUUGAAUCGUGAACAUUAACACUCUUUCAAAGACUUAUCUGAUUCUAUAUUCUGUGUUCAUUCUAAAUACGGUAUUGUGGCUUUCCUAGUAACUUUAAAAAAGUUGCUUGAGGCAGAGGAUAGCUCGUGUAUAUUUGUGUGACACGCCACUGCUGUUCCAAAGAAGAACCCACAGUCCAUCGAAGUUUUGUAGCUUUAAUAACUCAGAAAACGCCUCUACAGUGACCAGUGAUUCCACGCGUACAUCAGAUAUAAUAUGUGUACACUUUCCGACGUGUAUCAUUGCAAAACAAAGAACAUAAAGCACGGACUCACCUCUCCACCCCAGUGCAGGUAAGACCGCCCCUUAUAUAACCUACCGGCUUUCAAACACAGUGACCAUGUGACCCAAACCCAGCGAAACCAACGGCAACCAGACAGAAGUAACUGAACACAGGAUAACCGAUCAGCAAAGCAACAUCAUGGCUCCUACACAUGGACCACAGAAUGGAUUUUUAGCCCAUCUGUGGUCUUUAUAUAUCUCGUACACGAACAUAUAUUUUAUUAUUCAUGAGCGGGAUUGUUGUUUUAUUGUUACCGUUUAGUUCAAAGAGACCAAAGUGUGAAAAGAUGCAGCAAAUCUUUUAUUUUAAACCUUAGAAGCUCGGGGGGCCGUGACUUCAGGGCAUGAAAAAGGAGCUUCAUACUGUAGACGUGUUCUCCUGCAGUUUGUUGGAGAUAAGAUACACUUUGUAGUGUUGACUUAUCUCCUGCAGGUGGCGAUGUUUGCUCUAACUGUGUCUCCACCGUUGUUUGGUCUUUCAGGAGUUGACUGUUCAGAUGAACCUCCUUGAGCUGAUCCUCAAACUUCAACAAAAAGAGUCACAAUCUGGAAUCAUGUGAGUCAGACGCAGAAGAGGAGGAGGAGGAGGAGGAGAAAGUUCUGCACCAGCUCCAGAUCGACCGAACUGACACUGUGACAUUCAACAUGUGUGAGUUCAUCACCUGCUCUUGCACCAUCUCAGCCUGCAGAAGAUUUCCGGUUGUUGAGUGUCAGACGAAGAUCUUUCAGGACACGAUUGUGUCAACAAGGUUGUAAAUCCCAUGAAUCCUGUUUCAUUGUGUUCCUGUUCCAGCAGAUUACUCCGUGUUUGAGCGGAGUGUGAAGAGAGCGGAGAGGGCAGGUUUUUCCAGAUGUGAAACAGAAGUAGGUCGAUGCUUUAAGACACAAAGAUGACUCAAAAUAGAUGAAUGUGAUUUUCUUGCAGUGAAUUUGUUCUCAUUAGGAACCACAGGAGGCCUUUGACAGAGUCUGGACUAUUUCAGGAGGUUGUUGGUGAAACAGAAACGAGGUGUGAAUGUGGUCGCUGUGAAUUUUGUACAAACUGUAUUUAUUUAGACACUCUUUUUUUAUUUUUAUGAACAUUUUUUCCACUUUACGUCUUUACUGCUCAUUGUUUUUUUUUUCUUUUCAGUUGUGUUGGCAAAGAGACUGCAAACUGUAAAUGAACAUCAAUAAAUGUUUUGAUAUGACGCCACAAUAA